GGGAAAGCCCUGUCAACCUGUCAUGUCUCUCAGAGAGAAGCAGCAGAUGAAUUUGGACACUGACAGUACAACACACACUGGAAUGGAGUGCCAGUCAAGGUCCUCUCAUAAGUACCUGCUGCUGCAGGUGUGGUGUGGUCUCCUCACCGUGGCCAUGGUGGUUAUGGCUGCACUUCUUCCUUCCAUCAAACCAAAGUCCACUGAGGAUGAAGUCUCUGCAUUGAAGUCAGAUAAUGUCACUUCAACAGUCACCACUUUUGUGGCCCCACUAAAGUCUGGAGGAUCCUCCGUCUCAUUCAUCCAGCUAAUCAAGUCUGCGGAUGGAGACUCUUGGGAGAACUUACCCAAAUGUCACUCCUGCUCCCUUGUCCUGCAUAACAACUCUAUCCACUGCAAGGAGAACAGCUUCUACUUCAUCUACGCCCAGGUCAACUUCAUCAAGCCCUCUGAAAGCAGCCCGAACAAUAAUCCAAUAAAAUCUGUGAUUUUGAAAAGAAAUGCCAGUAAUGGUAGAAGUACAAAGACACUGGUUGAGGGGAUCUUCCCAAACACAACAGAGGGCUCUGUGUGGGUUGCCAAGAUUGUCAACCUCCAAAAUGGAGACAGUGUCAGCUUAGAUAUCACAGACAAAGCUAAAUACCGAAAUGACAACACAUUCUGGGGGGCCUAUCAGCUUCAUUAGCACUGCUGCUCUCCAUUUUUUGUUACUGUACAAGAGAGAAUCAUUUGGGGUUGUAGUGGUAUGUUAUUAGGAGGCCUAUAGUAAUAUGUUUAACAAAAGCUGUUCAUCACCUGUAUUUUGAUUGAUGUUUAACUCAAAACUACUCAAAUUCGCAGGGAUCUAGUGACGAACAAUUAUUACAAGUUAUUUUUUGCAGGGUAGUGAAGCCUUUUAAUCAUCUUUGUGGCCAACACGGAACACUAAAAUGCUAAAAGCUCCAUCAGGCACUGUGAGGAAGAUUUUACUGACCAAAUCCUGUUGGCAAAACAACAUACUGCAUCAGUCCAACCUUAGCAGUAUCUCUACUCUUCAGAACCAGCUGGCUCUGACUCCUGAAGUUGAGUGGCAUUUGGUCUUGUAAAUAUUUAAGCUAGCUGCAUUUUAAAUUAAAGUAAAGUGUGACUGUCUGGGGCAUGACUAUGUUUGUUUUCACUGCUAUGUUAUUGUGUAAUUUAUGAAAUGGAAUAUUAUAUUGUUGUGGUUUG